UACUUAAUAUCUAUUAUAAUAUUAAUAAUUAAAUUAAUAUUUUACAUUUUUAAUACUAUUUUAAAAUUUUCCCAGUUUAAAAAAAAAGGACUUGGUGGUCUUUGAGGGAAGACUUUAUAGAGUACAGGAAAUUUGAGUUGGGCUGUGAAAGAAGAAAAGGUGAGGAGUCAGGUGGGAAUGCUUCUUCCUACGAAGGGAAAGAGGGUGAACAGGGACUCUGAGAUUGGAGAGGGAAGGAGAUACAGAAAAUUGUCUCAUUUGGUAAAAUGUAGAGCAUGUGAAAGAGAGCAGCAUCCAGAAAUCUCAGAAAGGUUGGUAAGAGCCAGACUAUGAAGACUCUCCGACGUCAGGAUCAGGAGGCUGUUCUUCACUUAAUAGGCGGUAGAGAGCCAUCGAAGAUUUUUCAGUAAUGAUAAAAUCAAAGUGUUAAGUUAGGAAGAUUACUGGGGACAGCAAUGUGUAAGAGGUAUUGGCAGGGAGACCAGUAUCACAGAAAUCAAAGCAAGAAAUGAGGGACUUAAAAAAAAAUAAAGUAAAAAAGAAAUAAAGGAUUGAAUCGAGGGAGGGAGAAGUAGAAAUGGAGGGAUGGUCAUGACAUCGGAAGUGCUUCCUCGCUCACUCACAGAACUCUGGAACCUUUACUGUCUGUGCUGCUUACUGUGACUUGACCAGGCUCAUACAGCUGAUAAGUAUCUGAGGCAAGGAUCUGAACUCAGGUGUUUCUGCCUCCAGGUCCAGUAAUCUAUCCACUGUUACCUGUGCUGCUUUUUGGAUACCUGACACUCAUUUCCUUUUGUCAUUUCCCUGUGUAUUCAUGCCUUGUCCCCUCAACCAGAUUCACGGGCAGGAACCGUGCCUUCUACUUCUACCUGUAUGUAUCCCUACUGCCUCCCCCAGCUCCCUGUGUGGGAUAAACAGGAAGGAAGCAUUUCUGAUGCUGAUAAAUCUACUUCCCAGACACUGGGUCCUUCUGGCUGGCUUGGGAGAGAUGGUGGCAGAGUAGGAAAUAGCUGCCAUCCUGAGUAGGAGAAGAAGCCACCAGCUCUGUUUUAUCUGCAGCAGCCAGCCCUGGCUGGGCUGGGCUGGGCUAGGGGAUCAGUAACAGCGGGCAGACUAAAAUACAGACGCAUUAAUGGAGGGAGCUCAAGAGCAGUCGUUCGUCCAUUUAUAGGAAUGUGGCCCUUUGAGAAAGAGUCAUGGAGCCCCUUCUCUAGCUUCUAGAGCUUCAGGUCUAUGCCUCCCCCCUAGCCCUGGGCCCCUCACUCAUAGCCCCGGCUAGCAUUUAGAUCACACUUGAAAGCCGGCCAAGCACCUUACAAAUGUUAUCUCAUUUUAUUAUCCUCAUGACAGCCUUGGAGGUAGGUGUUAUUAUUCUACCCAGGAGGUGGGUGUUAUUAUUCUACUCAUUUUACAAAUGGGGAAACUGAAGCAGAUGGAGGUUAAAUGACUUGCCCAGGGUCACAGAGCGAGUUGAGUACCUGAGGGAAGAUUUGAACUCCGGGCUACCAAGUCCAGAUCUAGCGCUGAACUGAGCUGAACCAUCCAGCUGCCUCCUGCCUAGGCAAGGGAUGAAAUAAAAGAUCACUGUGGGGAGGGAGGAGGGAGACAUUGAGCUGAGCUUGACUGAGAUUUAGGCUGUGGAGUUGAAGAAAUAAGAAGGGGACGUUUCCUGGGGAGGACAGGGCAUGGAGAAAGCUGUAGGGACAGGAAUGAAUAGAGCAAAUGGGGGAGGCAACAGACAGAACAGCCUGGCGGGAGAGGAGAGUUUGUAUGAGGGAAUAGGAGACCUUGACGAGAUGGGGAAGAACAUGACUGUAGAAGACCCGAGUGCCAGCUGAAGAGUCUGUGUGUGAUCUAGUAGAGAAUGAGGAGUUUGCUUUUUAGGAAGAUGAGUCUGACAGUGAGAGGCUUAGUUGGUAAAACAACAACAACAACAAAAAACAGCCUCAGCCUCAGGAAAACCUGAGUUCAAGUCCUACCUCCAACAAUUACUGGCUGGGUGACUCCAGGAGUCAGGAGGACCUGGGUCAAAAUCUGGCCUCGACUACUUCCUACUAUGUGACUCUGGGCAAGUCAUUUUACCCCACUUGUCGAUCCCUUGCCCUUCUGUCUUGAGAGUUGUUAUUAGAACAGAAAAUAAGGGUUUAAAAGAAAAGGGGGGGCUAGCAUAGGUAGGAUGAAGUGAGGAGGGAUGAGAGGCGAGAGUGAGGAGGCUGCUAAGGCUGCAGGCUAGGUGAAGGGGGAUGGGGCCCUGGUUUGGGGUGAUAGCCAUGAAAAUGGAGACAGGAUAGAACUUCAAAACUGGAUAGGGGGGCAGGGAGAGAGAGGAGCGAAGGGGAUACCGGUAUUUCCAUCUCGGGGGCCUGGGAGGCUCGGGGUACCACUGACAAGAACGAGGAAGGGGGAAGAGUGAGGCAAUUUGCAGAGGGAGGAUCAUGACUCUCUUUUGGGGCAUGUUGAGUUCCAGGUGAUGGUGGAGAGGUUCCCGAGGCACCGAGCAAUGUGGGGCCCGAGGCUGGAGACAAACAGGAUGACGUCUGGAGCAGCUCACGGUGAAACUCCCGGAGGAGGGUCAGGGCCCUCCAGCGCUCAGUUCCUUGGUGUCCAGAGGCAGGUGUCCUGCUCCUGGGUCCUGGCUGGAGACUUCCCGAAGCCCGGCUCCCCUGAUGCCUCUGAGUGCCGUCUACUGACCUUUCCCCCCAGAGCUCCCUCCUCCCCGCACUCGUCCGCCUGGGAACCCCCAGCCCAGAGAGGCUUUGGCAUUUCCUGCUUCCUGAACAGCUGGAACUACCGGCCUCUUGGGAGGAGGGCAGAGCAGGGGGCCGGGGUGCCCUGAGGUGGCUGGCUCAGGGCCUGACAUUGAUCACACAAGGAAGACCUGAAUGGUGUGUCUUAGAGAGAGAUGGAAGGAGGUCAGCCGAGCCCCCGACCUGCCCAACUUUCCGCAGGGGGCAUGAUCUCUGUCAUCCGCCUGCGUCGGAAGUUCCGGAUCCUUCGCAAGAGCCGCAUGCGUGCCAACCUUCCUGGGGAGGCAUCCCUGGCCCUGAGCCCAUCCCCAUCCCGGCUGCUCCAGAGACAGAUCUCCCUAGACCGGGCCAAGCUGUGUAACACCCCCGUGUCCCUCCUGCACCACCGGGCCCACUUCGAGAAGCCCCAGUACUUCACCUUUGAGGCUCCGGUGGAGUCAUCCUGCCGGAGGAGGAAGAAGCCCCGCAGGACCCGGGUGGUGCUGUACCCAGAGAGCUCCCGGAAAUACCUCCCCAUUGAGCAGAAGAGCAAGGCCAAACGCUGCCUGCUCCUGCUGGUGGCCAUCGUCUGCUUCCAGAUCCUCAACGCCAUUGAAAACCUUGAUGACAACCUACAGAAAUAUGACCUGGACGGGCUAGAGAAAGCCCUGCAGCGUGGCGUGUUUGGCCAGAAGGCUGCCACAGACAGCAUCAUGGAACUGCUGCGGGAUUACCUGGCCACACACAUCCACAGCCAGCCGCUGGUUAUCUCUCUCAAUGGUCCGAGUGGAGUGGGCAAGAGCCAUGUGGGCCGCCUGCUGGCCAAGCACUUCCGCUCUGUGAUGGAGGGCGAUUUUGUGUUCCAGUAUUAUGUUAUGCACCACUGCCCAGACCGCCAGGAAGGCUUCACCUGCCGGCAGGAUUUGUCUGAGAGGAUCACAGACAUGGUGACCCGGGCCGAGGUGGAGGAAAAGAUUCCCGUGUUCAUCCUGGAUGAGGUAGAAUUCAUGUCCCCGGGCCUGCUGGACACCCUGCAUGGCUUCCUCCAGCCUCGGCAGUCCAAUGAGUUCCUCAAUGCCAUCUAUGUGCUCAUCAGCAGCAUUGGAGGCAGUGAGAUCACGCGCUUUGUCCUACAGAACGUCUCAAGUGAGCUGAACCCCCGGUGCCGCAGUGAGGAGCUUGGCCACACUGUGCACACCCUCCUGGUAGGCAGUCACCCACUCUGGGAGACUGCCCAGGUAGUUCCUUUUGUCCUGCUGGAAAAGUGGGACAUUAUGAACUGCUUCCUGGAUGAGAUGGUGGGGGAAGGCUUCUACCCCAACCAGAGCCACAUCGAGAGCCUGGCAGGGCAGCUUAGCUACUAUCACACCAAGGGUGGGGAGUUUGCUGUCACUGGCUGCAAGCAGGUGGUGGCCAAGGUCAACCUGUUGUAGUGGGCACCUUGCACUUCCCACUCCUGUUCUUGCUUGUCCCCUUCACUUUUCCCUGGACUUUGAACCUACCGUAGGCAGGGAACCAAGGGCUUAGCAGGUUGCUCCUAUAUGUGCCAAGCUCUCACAUUUCCUGCUUUGGACAAGGUUGUUCCUGACUUGGACAGUGUUCCUGGGCUUGUCCUGGAGAAUUCUGCCUCUUGGGGAUUUGUGGGAGACCCAAAGUGCUGCUCACAGGAAGAAAGCCAAAGCCUCUAUUUAUAUACAAGACUUUAAGGCUGAUUCCCAGAAGAUUUUCCCCUAGUCUGGAUCUCUGGCUUCUCUGCAAAGGCAAAACACUCAUGAAGGAGCUUCAGGGCCCCCAGGAGCUGAGGAAAAGGCUGGUGCUAGAGGCUGCAGGUUGGACCUGAGGAACUCUUCCGUAUACCCCCCUCAAAACCCUACCACCUCCUAAGAUUGAAGUCCAACUCCUGCUUGAUCCCAGUGCCAGAAAACCAACCCAGGGGGGGAGUAAUGGAAGAAGAGAAGCUUUCUGGAAACUGAGACCCUGGGGAGGGAGGAGGCUGUCAAGACUGCCACAGCCUUGCUGAUUCCCAAUAAAUGUCUGCCUGAUUAGUGUUUAUGAUAAAUGGGUCCCAACCUUUACCUUGUUUCCCCUGCUACAGUCUGAUGUAAUCAGGCCAAGGAGAGACCUGUAAAGCUCUCCACACUGAUGGAAGGCACUGACACCAGCCUUAUUUGGGCACAGACCAACUUUGACUACAGAUUGAGUCCUGGCCCUGGUCAUAGCCUGGACCCUGACUCUCACUAACCUCCUCUGAAAAUGUGAAUCUCAGAGUGCAGCCCAUCCCACCUCCUCCCCAUGAGCACCAGUAGCAAUAGGACUCAAGGAGCUCAUGCAAGAAGGCAUGGAAUAGGGGGCAGCUGGGUAGUUCAGUGGAUUGAGAGCCAGGCCUAGAGAGGAGGUCCUAGGUUCAAAUCUGGCCUCAGAUACUUACUUCCCAGCUGUAUGACCCUGGGCAAGUCACUAACCCCCACAGUAUUGAUUCCAAGAUGGAAAGUAAGGGUUUAAAAAAAAAAAGGCAUGGAAGCCCUGAACAAUCAAACACUGCACUCAUCUCAUGUUUCUAAUUUUCCCUCCCACCCUCGAAGGCUCUGCCAGUCCCUGGUCAGACAGUUAGUCAGCAGGCAUUUAUGAAUCACUAUGUGCCAGGUUCUGUACUAAGUGGAAUUAUAAAGGUAAAAGCAGGGUUCCUGCUUUCAGGGAGCUUUAUUCUAACAGGGGAGACAAUGUACAAAUGUAUAAACCUUCUAUAGGAGGCUUUCCCCUACUACUUUUAAUUCUCUUAUCUUCUUUCUGUUAAUUAUUUGCUAUUUAUCCUGUAGAUAGCUUGAUGUGUUUGCAUGUUGUCUCUCUAAGAUUGUAAGAUCCUGGAGGGCAGGGACUAUCUUUUGCCUCUUUGUAUCCCCAGUGCUUUGCUAAACACACAGGCACUUAAUAAAUGUUUAUUUAUUAA